AUGUCGACCGCAAGAACAGUGACAUCACCGGUGUCUCCGGAUCGCACGAUCCACGACGCUAUACUUGCAGCGCUCGCUCUUCCUACCCUAAAAGCUAAGGCGGAAGCCUUGAAGGGAGCUUUACAAGACUGGCAAGGCGACGCUGAGGCAGGUGUCCAGUCUCCCCAGCUACUCGUCCACAUCUUCGACCGCUUGUACGAACUCGAAGCCCUCCCCGGCGCCCUUACCAAACAAGACUCUACCAACUUCAAAGCUCUCCGGGAAGUAUGCGACGAACUCGGCUUCAGGAUGCUUUUCGCGCGUGUUGACAAGGCGCUCGGUGGUUGUAACUUCAUCGCACACAACAAGAUCGAGAAAUGGACAAGAAGCCGUCCCAAAUUCGACAUUCCCAAAGACUGGAUAUUCAUCGAUAGACUAACGCUUGAGCACGUUGUCGAUGUGCAUGGAGAGUCUUUGCCCGGUUGUCUACCUUUUUUAGAUUCGGAGGUCAUUCAGAAGGACCCUUUUACGUAUAAGACGGCUAGCGUGCAGACUUGUGAGGGGGCCAAGAGCAUGGCUUCGGGGAUGGAGUACGGGCUUUGGCAUUUUCACGACAAGGCGGCACUUGUCAUUAUUCCUCCUCGUAAUGUCACUGCUUACGAAGUUCGACAAUGCUUGACUAUUCCGGUGAAGGAGCGCGUCUACCACAACGAGGAUCUCUGGGAGCAAUACGGCCCGGACCUUGGCUCACCGCAGGCUGAUUCGAAGACCAUCAUUCAGAUGCUCGAUAAGGCAACGAAAAACGUGCGUAAGCUUCAUGUGAACACGGCGGAGGACGAGCACAUCCGGGAAAUAUGCGAGUUAUUCUACGGAUACUACGACAAAGAGAAGAGCGGUUGGUAUACACUCAGAAGGUUCCCAGCGAUACGCGGGGAGGCUUUAGAGCGUCUGACUGCUGUAAGCGUGGAGUACGACUCACAGGACAUCUGGAGGAGAGCAGUCGAGAUGCUCGACGACUGGUGGCUCUCUAAGCCCCAGAUGAAAGCCGAUGUCACAGCUGAGACGCUUUGCCGUUCGCUUCACCAAUCGCUGGGCAAAGAAUACCCCGAGAAUGCGAGCUAUCUAGUGAACGGGACUUACGGUCUUGAAACGACGAUUGCCGUAUGCAACAAGAUCAAGGUCGCUUUUGAAGCUAGUCAUGAAGGAAACGAUGCCUCUGCCAAGAUCCCGCUGCCGGAAGCGUUGGCAGCUUAUAGAUCAUCCAUGAUCCGGAAAGUCCUGGCGACUAGCAAAAUGGAUGACUAUGCUCUGAUCCCGCAAGCCGGCCGGGUGCUCGAAGACGAGCAACUCAUCCAAGACACCCUCCACCAAGUCUUUAAAAACGCAACGCCUCCAGAAGUCGCGCGCUACCUGCAACGCAUGACUGAGCUGAAAGAUGGGACACCAGAGUGCGACGUCCAAAGAUACUGCGAAAUCAUCCUCAGCGCCAACGUCGAAGUACCAAAUAGCUUCGGCACAGAUGACCUAGAAGCAGUGAAGACCUUACUAACCUCAUCCCUACCACUACCAGAGACCGCAGUUCAAGACUACUGCAAGAAACUUCUACAGGCGAAAGAUCUGGGGCACUCACACGACUACGACGACAGCGCCGGAUCCUUCAUAGUCCUAGAACAGAAGCUAGGCGCGGAGUACCUGCUCGUGCUUCUGCCGCUGCUAGCGCGGACUUUCGCACGCAACAUACCGUGGUUGAUCAAGCUCCUGACUCGAGUCAAAAGCUCGAAACCUUGGACUUCCGAUGCGUUCCUACCGAAGUUUGCUGACGCGGUUAUCGGACCUGCGAUCGACGGUUUCUAUCUCAACAACCGCAGAUUCAAUCAAACAAUCCGCGAGAUUAAUCACGGCAAUGCGGGCGCCACGAAAGAUGAGCUGGAACGCUUCCUUCAACUCCUGAAGGAUAUGGGCCUGGGUGAGAUGGUGGACAAGUUGACAGACAAGAUGGCGCGGUCCGACCAGCUCAAGGUUGAUGAAUUUCAAGAUGCGCUUGCAAAGAAGAAGACGGCGUACUUGGCGAAGAAGCGUAAGGCGAUGGAGUUAGCGGACAGUCGGCAGGAGAAAAAGAGCAAAGCAGUGCGCUGA